GUCUACUAGUUUAAUAGUAAUAUUUAAGGGUUAUCAGUAGUCAGUAAUAGUCGUGAGUGAUAUAAAUUCUUUGUGAAGUUGAAUUUAUAAUAAUUACGGCAAGAACCCGAAAGAAACAGUGCACAGUACAAAAGGAAUUACUGAAAAACGUUGCCCUUGAUUGAUUAAUUUGUGGCAGUUUGUGCAUGUCAAAGUAAGAUAAGUUACUUAUCAUCGUCAUAAUUAAUAAUUCGUCGUCGGGUUAGCAGUAAUUGUUUCGUACGGGUGUGACUAAAUAAUAAAUGAAAUUGUAGGCUCGUCAACGGAGAUGAACAAGUUCGAUAAGAACGACUGAAUAAUUAAAGUUGAGUGCUGUGCUGUGAUUAUCAAGGAAUCAGUCAGUGCAGGGCAGCGAUAGGAUCAACUUUAAGAUCUCAUCAUCUCCUUUAUGUCAUCCGAUUCCGACUCGUCUUCGUCCUCCACCUCCGUGGGCAAAGUUCCCCUCCCUUCGACCUCGCCACCUCCACGAAUCGACGACAUGUCUCAAAUCCCCAUCCCAGACGCACCUCACCCGCUGGACGAAAUCCCAAUUCCGUUCAACACGGGGAUUAAGAAUCUUCAAGAUGAAAUCCCCCUUCCACCAGAUUAUCCUGACUCGUCGAGAUAUUCUCCAUCUCAAGCCGCCGCGGAGGAUGAGUUGAUAACCUCACCCGGCCAGUGCGAACUCGUUAGCAGCACGGCGACCAAACUAAGCGCUCCUGGCGAAACUCCCGACGUUGUUGUUACCUCUUCCUCCCCAAAAGCUGUGCAAGGGCCAGCUUCCACGAAGUCUUCGUCUUCGUCCUCCUCCGUCACAAAAGUGUUGGACAGAGCGCAAGCUAAAAAGAGAUUGAUGGCAUUUUCCGCUGCGAAAUUACAAGCCGUGUCUACCUCGUCGUCCUCCUCUCGAAAAGGAAACGUGCUGAAAGGCAUCAGUGUUUUCAACCCGAAGGAAAAGAAGCAACAAAGUAGUAGUCAAAUGAAUAUUGAAGCUAUUCGUGAAGAUGAUACCAAAAUUAAGGAAAUUAUUGCGGUCAACAAGAUUUUAAGUGAUAAAUUAAAGCAGGUCAACUCUAUAACGAACAAUAUUCCUAAAUCGGAAACUGAAGGACCGCAACCUCUAAUGGGAUUGGCGAUUACGAACCCAAUCACUGAAAAUAUGGCAGCUAUCCCUCCCCUCAUGCCAAUUAGUGAGCCCACAGUGUCUGAAAGUACGCCGAGUUCGUCCCCAGCAGUUAUGAAGCCACCCUCACUAAUGGGGGCGUCUCGUCAUUUAAGAAAGAGAUCGAUAAGCCAUUCUCCCAGCCCUGGGCCGACAUCGAGACGGUCACGUUCCCGAGAUAGAGAUAGUCGUCGUAGGAAAAGUAGUAAGGAGCGUGAUCACCACCACGAAAGGUCGAGUCGACGCGAUGAUAAGAGACGAAGUAGGUCACCACCUCAUAGCAGUAGUAGUCGCGGCAGAAAGUCUCGCUCUCCCGGAAGGGGGAGACGAAUUAGUCGUUCCAAAUCCCCAAUUGUCCUCAUACGCAGAAGUAUUUCUCCUCCCCAUCCAAAACAUUCGUCGUCGUCAUCAUCAAAACGGCACGAAAAAUCGCCCAGAAUUUCAUCCAAGGAGAAAAAUAAGGACGGAAAAAGUCUGAGCAGGAGUAAAUCGCCUCCCACACAUCACAAGGACAGCAGAUGGACGACAACAAUUCGUAAAUAUAGUACAAGCAAGUCAAAGUCGCGAAGUGUGAGCCCCCCACCACCCGUUGUGAAACUCUCCUCCUCCACUAAGCGUGUCUCUUUGUCGAGAAGCAAAUCAAGAUCAAAAUCGCCCCUACCUCCAACUCCACAAAAAAAGUCAUCCCGGAAAUCUCGUUCCAAAUCCAAAAGCCCAAAAUCAUCGAAAAGUAAGGACAAGAGUAGCAAAAGCCGGUCCAAGAAAUCCAAGCGAUCUCGCUCUCGCGACAGGGAAGAGAAGAAGCGUCGCGACGAAAGCAAAGAACGUCGGAAGGAGGCGGAACGUAUAGAAAUGGAGAGGAAAGCGGUGGAAAAGGAGUUGGAUAAGGUUCGUUUGGUGAGAAUGCCGACUGAUUGGACGGAAUAUUUCAAGUUCCAAUAUACACCACAUCAUAUUAAAGACCUACAUUUGAGGUUGAUGGCGGCCAAUGCGGAGAAAAAGACAUCUCGUGUCAAGACUCACAAAAGCUCAGACUCUGAAUCGAGAUCGACCUCCCCCUCGCCAAACCGUACCACUGAUUUUAGUAAAGCAUUAACUAAACCACCCGUGGGCAGUCCCACAUUUUAUCUCAAUACUGGCACGGCCUACCCAGUCUUUCUCGUCCAGCGGACCAAGCAUCCUCCUCCCAUCUCCUUCGGUGUGAAUCCUCACUCCUUUGCGGGUUAUUAUAAAACUAGGAAGGAUAUUCUGGAAGUUGAGGAUCCAGAAAUUUGUGCCAUUAUGAGCGAAAUUUUCAAAGCGAUGCCAUCUCCUCCUCCAACCAAGAAGGAAUCUACAUCAAAAUCGACUAAGCAGGAAUGGUUUGCUGCGACGGAAGCGGCAUUCUGUCCUCCGGAGGGCAAGAAACCUCGCGGCGUGACAAUGUCCCACUUGUAUUCGGACGAAGAACUAGAGGACGACUCUUCUCCAUCAACUAGACGACCUCCAGACACUCCGUCACCGAUUCGUACUACUACCACGACGAGUAAACCUGCGCGAAAACCUUCUCCAGAAAUUAAAAAGAAAGUGGAAAUGGAAUCAUCCGAAGAGCCAGAACACGAUUCGCUCGACUCUGCUCCAUCCCCCCUCUUGAAGAAGAGAUAUAUAGAACCCAGCCCGGUGAGACCUGUGGGGAAGAAAGUUUCUGAAAAACGGGCCAGUGGUGGUGGUGGUGCCGACGAGAGGCCACGAGGACGGGCUCGCAGCAGUAGUGAAGAGAGUGAUAAUAGUGCUAAAAUUCGCCCAAAAGCGAAGGGCGUUGUAAAAGGAAAAGUGAAAUCGCCCGAGUCUGACGUUUAUGAAAUGGACACGGAAGAAUUUCCCAUCGAGAAGGAGGAUCAUCAUCCACCCGUCGUGGUCAACUUGCCUCCCGUUCAUCCAGUGGUGGCAAAAUCGGAAGGAAAGACGAAGGAGAAAAAGGUCAAGAAACAGAAGAAGACAAAGAAGAAGAAGAGUAAGAAACAUUCAAGCGAUGACGACAGUUCUAAUGACGACGAUGACGAUAAAGAUGUCAAGAAGAGUGCAAAGAAAGUGAGUGAAGUGAAAGUAGAUUCUUCUUCAAGAGUGAAAGUUGUGGGUGAGAAAGACAAAGAAAAACGAGAAAGUCGGCAUCGAAAAAAGUCAAAGUCUGACAAAGACAAGAAACGUAAGCAUUCCGAGGAUUCUGAAAGUGGUGGAAAUACUUCAUCCUCUGCGAUUGAGAUUUUAGAGGUGAUCAGACAAGAUGCUAAACAAGAGAGGAAAAAGAUCAAAAUCAUCCCACCGACGGAGCUGCGUUUCGUGCCUGACAUUGUCGUCCUUCCUGUUCCUACUCCUCCCGUGGCUUCUUCUGCUAGUAAGAUAAGUAGUAAAGAUAAGGUCAAGACUGAUAAACCUGUUAAGCUCAUCCCCCCAACCCCAGAGAAAGAGAAGGAUAUCGUCAAGGUGGAGAAAGAUGACAGGAAAAAAGCAAAGAAAUCAAAACACCAACGUGGCGAAGACCCAGCCAUUGCAGCGACAAAGUCAUCAAAAUCAUCCUCUAAACACAAACGAAAACACGACUCGAAAAAGAACAAAGGUCGCUCGCCCUCCAGUUCUUCAAACAGCUCGGAUUCUGAGGAGGAUUCUUCAUCAUCUUCCUCCUCCUCUUCUGAUGAUGAUGAUGCCCACCACUCCUCCAACUCUGACACUUCUACCGACAAGAAGAAAAAACAACUCAUCCGCCGUGCGGAAAGGAAACAGCAAAAGAAAGAUAAGCGCAAACUUGUCAAAAAAUUGUCAUCAUCAUCAAAGAAUAAACGUAGUAAGAGCACAAGUUCCGGUUCGGACGGGGAAACGGACGAGAAAUUAAAAGAAAAGCAGAAAAAAGAUAAAAAGGACGACAAGGACAAAGAUAAGAAAGAUAAAGACAAUGACCAUGAUAAGCGUGGCGGCGGUGGUGGAGGAAGUCGAAGAGACGAUCGUGGAGGUGACCGAGGCGGUGGUGCAAGUGGGGACAGAAAUCGUCACAGGAGAGAUAGUGAUCGCGGCCGCGAUAGGAAAAGUGAUCGAGACCGAGAUCACAAAUCUGGAGGUGGGAGUCGAAGUCGACACGAUUCCGACAGAGGAGGAGGAGGCCGACGUCGUGACGGAUUUCAUUUCGAGGACGAAGAUUGGGAAGAGUACUCCCUCCCCGAACUUGUCCUCAAAACACACAACAUUGUUAAAGACGAGACCUUCAUUGUGCACAACAUGAAAGAGAAAGUUGACCCCGAUCAGCAGCAAACAAUGGUUGCGCACAAUAUCCUUACACAAUUCGACAACGAUCCUUUCCUCCAAUCUGUUCUGCAAAAUAAGGAUAAGGAUUUGAGUGCAGAAGCCCUCUUAAAAAAUAUUAUCGACGCUAAUAAAAGUGACGAUCAUUUUUCCGUCAGCACAUCCGGGAUUGGGUCUUCUAAUUGGAGUGACGAUUCCGAAGAUGACGGGGCGAGGAUUACGACCACAUCAAGCAUUAAACUGGAGGAAAAUAUUGAGGUGAAGAAAAUAGAAGAAAUUGACAAAUCCACGAUUAAUGCUGCUUCUCCUUCACUCGCCUCCAUUCUUAAAGAAGACUUGACAAAGUUUGACAUGUCCGACCUUCUCAAGAAAGCAGCCAGUCAAGCUGGUGAACGUCCACCCAUUUUCGAACCACUUGCGACUUCUGCCGGCGAGAAACUUUUCCUUGUCGACUCUGCCUCCACUGAUUCAGAUUCGAGCGACUCUGGGGACGAUUCGUCAUCUUCAACAUCAACGUCGUCCUCGUCGUCAUCGAGUUCUUCAAGUUCCUCAGAAGCUAGUGGAGAAGGAGAGAAAAAAGUUGUUCCUCCCACUGGUGGCGAAGCUGUUCCCCCGAGUACAAAUUCUUUUGACGAUGUCAUGUCUCAAAUUGCAGCCGAAAGUAAAUCAACGGACGAAAUACUGACAAAAGUUACUUCUGGAGAAUUCAAUAAACCUGGCAGCGUCGUCUCAAUGGAGGAGGAUAAACGAAAAGGAAGUAGUGGUGACAAGGCGGGCGCCUCAAACAUCAGCAUUAAUAGGGACCGUCGACCAAGAGACGAUUCUAGGGAUAGUCGUCACCGUUACAAUUCACCCCCCAGUUUGUCAUCCCGGUACGAUCGCUACCGGUCAUCAUCAUCAUCUUCGCACCGGUAUCGUGAAGACGAACGAGUCGAACGUGACCCCCGCGCCAGAGAAAUGCUUCAUCGAGACGACCGGCGUCGAGGGAGACGACACCACCGGUCUCGUUCCUACAGUAGAUCAAGAUCUCGAAGUGGGUCAAGGUCGAGGUCAAGAUCACCCACUACCGGGUUACGUUAUCGUCGUUCCCGUCCCACUGAGAGAUCGUCGUCCAAGUAUCACGACGACUAUCGAGAUCGAGAUCGAGGCGAGGAUCGGGAAGGGAGGCGGUAUUACGGACCGGAAAAGGAAGGCGGCGAAGGCGAAGCAGUUCUUCGUGAUCGUGAACGAUACUAUUCAAAGGAGCGAGGAGGACGAUAUGAUGACCGCGACAGAGAUUUUAAAGAUCGCCGCGACCAUCGUGACUGGGGCGAAUAUCCGGAUGAUGAUUAUCACAGUAAGCAUCACCACUAUCAUAAUAACCAUCGCUAUCAUCAUCACCACCACCACGGAGGUCACCACGAUGGACCCCUUGACCAGCAGUACUCCUCUCCUCCGCUACAAUCCAAUGUUGCCGACUCUACAAUUAGUGACGCCGAGUUGGCCGCUAACAACCAGAUGGGUCUCAUAAUGCCACAAUUUCCUGCAAAUGAAAGUCAUCAUUUCGUCGAAGUUGGGAAAUCAUUCCCGCCCAUGUUCCAGUAUCCUAUGCCGUUUCCGCCGCCACCCAUGGCGGCCGGUCAAGGAGGAGAGGGUCACGUGCCGCUAGACUAUGAUCUCUCUGGACUUGGGGAUGGACUUGGUGGUACUUCCUCUUAUGGGGACAGUUCACCGCCGAGACGACUCUCGCUAGACGAAAGGCUCGAGAGGGAAAUGGGAAUCAAAAUGGACCGUCCUAAGAUCCCGUUGGCUCCGGCUUUUAGUCCACACGGUCCAUAUUAUCAGGGCAGCCAAUUUCAACCAAGUGGUAGUCAGAGGUCAAACCUAAUUCCUAUCGUGGAUCCAGCCGCUUCCAUAUUUCCCCCGUAUUGGAAAGAAGCCAAGGCCCCAGCGCCGGUCAACCCUCUCGCCGAGUUGGCAUCAAACUUGUCCAUCCACCAACAGCGACAGCAGUGUCAAAUCGUUCAGAAAGGAAACGUCCUCCAAGUUAUGCCCACCGCCAUUCCGAACGGCUCCUUCACCAUCCACGCCAGAGUCGAGGUCACUUCUAACAAUGGAGAUGAAAUGGGAUCUGUUGCUGCCAAACGGGUGGUCAUCAUUAAAGUCCCCGUCGUUCCAUUCGCCAUGCCUGUAGCACUUCCUCCAACGGAAGAAUCCCUUGCUCCACCUCCUCAACAUCGAAUCAAAAAGAAGCGAAAGUCCAAGAAACUCAAGAAAAGUGUCGUUAUUGAGGAAAAACCGGAAAUAAUAACGGAAACAACGACACCACUGGAGACAAAAACUGGAAAUGAGGACUUGAAAAAUGACGACAAAAUUACCAAGGAACUCGUGGCUUCAUCGCCAAAUAACAAUUAUGCAGAGGGGACGAGCGGAGUGGAUAAAGUGCAAGGCCAAGAAGACGGUGAAAUCAAGAAGAAUGAUGUUGAAAGCAUGCAUGUUGAAGAAGGUGAAAGUGGUGCUGGCUCGUCGAGUAGUGUGGAUGAAGAGGAGAAAUCCGAGAAAUUGAGCUCUUCCGUCGUGCCUGCAGAUUGUCCUGAUGCUACCACCACCACCACUGCUAUAGCAGAAAGUGAGAAGAAAGAGGAACAACACGAUGAUAAAUCUUCACCCCCUUCUUCCGACCAAGUCAAAGAUGUUCUUGGCCUUGUUACUACUCCUCCUAAUGAGGAGGUGGGUGGAGUGGAACCGUCUCCACCCACGGAUGAGGAUGAGAUACCAUUAGAAGAACAAAAGUCAUUCACUGUGAUAUUUCCACUUCCUGAGGCAGGAAAGGGAAUCUUGGUUUCGGCCGGGUUCAGAAAUAAGAUAAUCGAUGGGCCUAAAAAGACUCGAAAAGGUGUCAAAUUCGCUGAUGGGGUGAAUCCCGGUUACGGCACGGAAUCCUCUGAUGGAGAAGAGAUGCGCUCUCCUCCACCCCCUUCGAUCAUCGAAAUGGAAAAACUCAAGCUCAAAAAGCUCAAGAGAAAGCGAGACCGGGCGAAACGGAAACGGAUCGCGAAGGAGAAAGCAGCCGCUGAAAUUGAUCCCAACUUCGUUCCGCCUCAACCAAGUGCCCCAUUUCCCUUCUGUCAUCCGGGAAUACUUUACCAAGUCUGUCCCCAAUAUGCCGUUCUCUACGCUCAAGCUCUUGCCGAAAAAGGAUUUGAAAUCGUGUUCGAAGGUACACAUCAAAUCGACCAGCUUCCCGGAAGUGUUCCCAUCGAAUGUCCUCCUCCUUCUGGUGACAAUAAUGAUGUAAAAUUAGACGAAAAAAAUAAUCACCCCAAAUCUGAUAUUGAUACUUCUUCCUCGUCAUCAUCAUCUUCCAUCACGACCAUCGUGCAAGUGCACAAACCCACCAUCAACGCGACUAUUGAUGCUUCAAUCAUCCUCGACCUACAAUACCUCCAACCCAUCGGAAACCCUAACCUAAUCCAAAUCACGGACAGUUUCGAACCCUCUAGUAAACCAAAUGUGCUACAACCACCCCCAUCAACCCCACCACUAAACAUCAUCACAACUCUGCCUCCAAGCUUGUCAUCUCCCGUGAAAAUAAGGUUCCCUUCUAGUAAAACUUCGCCACCACCACCACCACCAAACUUCAUCCUUCCUAGAACGAUGACAACUACGCCGCCACGAACUCCUCCCGUUUCUAGUACACCAUCACCAUCACCCACCAAAGAAACGGCAGGGUCGCCCAUACCGAUUCUAAUUCGGAGAGCCAACCUCAGCCCACCGCCUGUGUUCCCGAGUGCGCUCGCAGAAACUGAUUUGGAAGGAAAUGCAUUAAAUUGACCAAUUAUUGUGUGCAUAGGAUAACACCAUUUUCUCUUCAUUUCUGUCCUAUAUUGUUCUUUUUUCUUUAAAUGUUUCCAAUUUUAGUUAGUUGCCCGUCGCAUUAAACACGAAUUUAUAGGAACGAUAUGUUAUACAUAUACAUACAUCACACUUAACUAUGUAUUAUAAUAUGCAAUUUGAUAUUGGAAAAUAAAUUUGUAGCAGUGAUGAACUUGAA